AUGACCGAUUCGGAUAGCGGGGAUGGCAACCCCACACAACAGCCACAGUUCUUACCCACACGCAGUGGCAACAAUCCCAGUACGUCGGGUUCGACGAACAACGAUCAGUCAAACCUGUCUAACGAUUACAAUGAUUACGAUGAUGACAUCACGCAAUAUGCCGACUUGCCUGAAGAAACUCCCACUAAGAUGAUGAAGAUAAGGGAGCUUAAAAAACAUAACACGAAGAACCCACGUGGAUGGGCUAUUCUCGUGGAAUGUACUCUCAUGCCUCUAUAUCUUAAGAAGACCAUCGACAGCAACAUCCCGCGACCCGCGAAAGGACACCCCAAAUACACUAGAUGGGCCUUCUGGUCUCGCGUGGUUGCUGGCUGGAUUGACAAUGCAGACAAUGCGAUCAACGAGAUCAUGAAGUUCAACAAAUUACGACGAUCGACUUUCAACACCGCCAAAGAAUACAUCACUGAAUACCAAAAGCAAUAUCAUGUACUUGUUAGGUUCAAAAUCGCACCACACCCUUUCCAUGCUCUCGCUCGGUUACUCGAACAACUCGAGGAAGAGAUACCAAAGGUGCAAUUCAUCAUCGAGGAUAUCAGCAAUGUUGAACUAAAGAAGAUAACCCUUGACAAGAUGGAACAGUAUUGUAAGAAGCUACAGAAUGCCGUUCUCCUCUAA